UUAUUAUUUUCCAGAUAUGUUGACGAGCUAUUAUAUUGGUCGGGUCGUAGAAUGAUUUUAGACGAAUAUUUGCAAGGAGACUUAUCGCCAACCAGAUUACCUCCAUCUUGGGUAAAUACUCAGAAGUAUGUAUUUCAAUCGGAUGAUGGAGGGCUGGCUAUAUUGGAUACAUCUACAAACUUAAUUAACGUACUAGUGACCAAUCAUACUCUUCGUCAAUUAAAUGUUCAAGGAUACGCAUGCUCCCGCGAUCUUAAAUAUUUCUUAUUUAAGCACAAUGUAAAAAAAAAUUUUCAGAAGUCCUUUACAGCAUUUUAUACAAUUUAUGAUGUUGAAAAUGAUCACCACAUGCCAGUCAAAUUAAAAGACUCCUUAAAGGUUCAAAGAACUCGUCUUCAGUAUGCAACAUGGCUUGGCAAUACGACAGCAAUUAUAUUUGUUGUGGAAAACGAUAUAUUUAUCCGAGAGUCCCCUUUAAUGGAAGAAGAUAUAAGAAUCACCUCUUCGGGACAUGAAAACCAAAUAUAUAAUGGUGUUCCUGAUUGGCUUUACCAAGAAGAAAUUUUUGAAACGCCUGAGGCCAUUUGGUCGUCUUCGGAUGGUACGCAUUUCAUGUUCGCCGUAUUUAACGAUACAAAUGUUGGAAUGAUGACGUAUCCAUGGCUGUCGUCUGGAGCUUUAUUUUCUGGAAAUAACAUAUAUCCUGAAAACUUUUUUCCAGAAACCAAAAAUGUAAGAUAUCCCACUCCGGGCACUGCCAACCCAAAAGUACAGUUGUGGGCUGUAGACAUAACUAAUUUAAGCGCUAUCCAAAAAUUUCAAAUAGAACCUCCUGCUUCUCUUGAUGGACAAGACUAUUACCUCACAUCAGCAGGUUGGAUAUCUGACACCAACCGCCAAAUAUCGGUAGUUUAUAUGGGAAGAUCUCAAAAUUAUAGCGUGGUCUCCAUGUGUUCUAAAUUGCAAAGCUGGAAAUGCUCAGAAAUUCAUUCUGAACGUGCCCCAGAAGAUGAAUGGUUGGAUAUUUUCCCUCACCCUGUAUUUUCAUCGGAUGGUAGCAGCUUCUUAUUGCUAUCAAGUAUUCAGGAAUCAGGUCACUACCAGUUCACACAUAUAAAACAUAUAACCAUAUCACAGCGAAGAGCAUCUGUUAUUUCCCAUGGUCGUUAUGAAGUCAUAAAAAUAUUAUGCUGGGAUACCAUAAAUCACAAAGUUUACUUUCUGGCUACUCAAGAUAAAAAGCCUGGUCAUAGGCACUUAUAUUCUGUCAAAGAUCCAGUACAUGACGAUACUAGAAAAAUCGAACCACAAUGUAUAACAUGUGAUUUAGGCGAGGAUCUUUGGAGUAGUCGCUACUAUUAUACGAACUGUUCACAUUUUGAUGCCUUUAUUACACCAUCAUUUGGUAUUGCAACAAACUAUGGAAUUGAGUUCUACAUAUUGGAAUGCCAAGGUCCAGGACUGCCUGUAUCAGGAGUUCAUAUGCUUAAAACGCAUAGCUUAGUGAAAAUUUUAUAUGAUACACGGCCAUUUUACACAGAGAGGCUACAAAAGCUUGCAUUACCGACCCAGCGAUCUUUUGAAAUACCAUUACCGCAUGGAGGACGAGCUCAAGUACAAUUACUGCUUCCCCCCAGCUGGAGGGAAGAGUUGCGGGAUGCUGCUUUUCCAGUAAUUGUUGAAGUAAAUGGUCGUCCCGGCUCUGAAUCCGUUUCCGAGAAAUUUAAAAUAGACUGGGGCACGUAUAUGUCAUCAAGAAACGAUGUUGUUUAUGUCCGCCUAGAUGUUAGAGGGUCCAAAGGACAAGGUAAAAAAAUACUCUUUCAUCAUUUAGGAGGAGUGGAAGUAGUCGAUCAAAUAUCUUCGUUAAGGUAUUUGCUUGAUACUAUAGGUUUUCUAGAUGAAACUAGAGUUGGUAUUUGGGGCUGGGGUUAUGGAGGAUAUGUUACAUCUAUGGUUCUCGGUACACAACAGGACGUUUUUAAAUGUGGAAUUGCAAUUUCUCCCAUUGCAGAUUGGCUAUAUUAUAAUUCAGCCUUUACUGAACGUAUAUUGGGUCUGCCUACCGAAAAUUAUAAAGGAUAUGUUGAAGCAGAUGCUACUCAGAGAGCACGUCUAAUAAAAUCGAAUUCAUAUUUUUUAAUACACGGCUUGGCAGACACCACUGCCCCUUUUGUUCAUGGAGUACAAUUAGCUAAAUCAUUAACAAGCGCUAAUAUUCUUUUUCGAUAUCAGACUUAUGCAGAUGAAGGUCACGAAUUAAAUGGUGUGCUUGAGCAUGUAUAUUCUUCUAUGGAGCAAUAUUUUGCAGAAUGCUUAAGCUUGGAUCCAGAUGAUACAAAACCUGAUAUAGAUCAAAGCAUGGUUCCAGCUGAAUAAAAAUUUGUAUAUGUAUAUAUUUAAUAACAUAAAUACAACCUUAUAGCAUUACAAUUUAAAGCAUGCAAUAAACUUUAAAUUUACAAGUAAUUAUUAAAAGUAAAACAAUA